UAAAUCAAUAGAACGGGUAUGUUUUAAAGUGUGUAUGCUAUCAUCCGUGAAAUCAUUGACAGUUCGGAACGGAUCAAAAAGCACUUUGAAAUAAGUGAAAUUUUGAAGUUGGCUCUCCAAGAAUGGCAAUUUAAUCCAAAGACAAAGAUGAUUCAAACUAUCAAGUUAGAUUUUUCAAGGAUAAAAGUUAUAGGACAAUAAAAGGUUCAUAUGUUAAAUAAAACCAAAAGGUGAUGUUGAGAUGGAGAUUAAACAUUUCAUCGUACCGGCGGCGGCCUACCCAAGAUACCGAUACGCCAGAGAACAUUUAGUCCCUCUUCUGCAACGGUUCCGGAAAUUGUCACAGAAAUGCAACAUUACAGAUCCUUUCGAGAUUCCUCAGUUCGAGGAUGUAAAUAUUUAUACCAUAUCAGACACCAGUACAGAUAUUAUCAAUGUUGAGGAAUUGACACCGAAACCUAAUUCUGAUAUCAAACAAACAAUACUAAAAGUUCAGGAUGUUAGGGAUUUCCAGAACAAAUGUCCAGAUACAGCUGCCGCCAUUUACAUUGCAUCCUAUUCAAAGGCCAUUCUAACUGACAGUAAUUUAUUUCAAUAUCUUGGACGCUGUAGUGUACUCAUUGCAGAGGACGAGACUGAAAUUCAAGUGACAACACCGGAUAUCAGAACGAUAGAUGAUCGAAUUACCUGUGUCAAAACAAGAGCAAGUGUUGCAAAGGAAAUGGGAUAUCUCUUAGAGAGAAUUCUUUUUCAAGAACUCAAGAAACGAGUUACAAUUUUAUCAACAUUUUUAGGAGUAGACCCUGCCGAAGCAGCAUUUGCGCUACACUAG